AUGUAUAACGGGGUGGGACUCACAACGGCUCGUGGAAGCGGUACCAAUGGCUACAUCCAGCGCAGUCUCGCUUUUAGGUCCUUCCGUGAUGACAGCUACGGACGUUCUUCGGAAGACUCCAAGCGAAAGGAAGCGUCCUCCUCGCUUGACCGCAAGCCGGACGCUGGCAUCCUCGAGCAUGAGCGCAAGCGCAAAGUCGAGGUGCGAUGCAUGGAGCUGCGCAUGGAGCUGGAAGACAAAGACUUACCAGAGGCUGAGAUAGAGGAGAAGGUCGUUAUGCUGCGGAAAACAUUG